AUGGCUCCAGAGUGGGUUUUCAAUCUACCUAUCACCUCCAAAGUGGAUGUUUAUGGCUAUGGGAUUGUUGUGGUAGAAAUGGUGACCAAAAAGGGGCCGUCAAGGAGUGUCCAUGCUAUAGAUGAUGGUGGGGAGGCAGAGCACAAAAGGCUAGUUACGUGGGGGAGAGAAAAUAUGAAGAAAGAGGCUACAAAUAUUUCCUCACUUGAAAACAUCAUUGAUCCAAUGUUGGAAGGUAAAUAUGAUAUGGGCGAGAUGGAAGCUUUGCUUCAAGUUGCUCUACAAUGCGUAGAAGAAGAUAAAGAUGCAAGACCUACCAUGAGCCAAGUAGUUGAGAUGCUCUCAUACCAAGAAAAAGAUUUAGUCCCAUGA